GUUGCUACUCGUUAGGAUGUCUUCUGUUGGACGACCGCGGAAAAAUGCUAGCAAACGUUCUUCGAGUCCUGCAACCAGUUCUCUGAUUAAAACGAAGAAACGAGCAGUGACUCCUUGUACAGCAGAAGAAAGCAAUGACAGUUUUUCAGUUGGUGAUGAAAGGUCUGCUGCAGCAAGUCCUGCCAUUGAGGCAAACACUGACAAGAUACCUGUCUUCAAAGAUCCUAACUUUGUUCACUCCAGGAAGGGUACAGCUAGCAGUGGUAACAAGAGGGCUAGAGUGUGGAAGAAUCUCAAACAGAUCGUAGCAGCUGAUAGGGCUCUACCUUGGGGCACAGAUGACCCAACAUACUAUUCUAUUGAAGCUCCACCUUCUUUCAAACCUGCCAAAAAGUAUUCAGAUCUCACAGGCCUAGAGGCCAAAUACACAGACCCACACACUAAGAUACGAUAUUCCUCGCCAGAUGAGUUCCCUAGAGUUCGUUUAUUACCGAGUGACAUCGUACAAGGAUAUCUAGCGCUACGGAAAGCUACUCCUGCAGUGCCUUGAUCGAAGAACUAGGAUUCAAAAACAGGAAGUGAUACCCCAAUCAUGGGGAGGUUAUCAUUAUGGCUUAUAUACAAUAUGCCUAGAAGAGGGAGAUAAUCGCAAUAUAUGUGUGUUUUGAAAACCACACUCAGGUUUUUAUCAAGGAACAUUCCACAUGGCUCUCUUACCAAGAUUUAUCCUCUGUGCAUAUGGGUCGUAUUUCAAUCUAGUUUUACAUUCAACUGUUUAGCCUUGAAUCAAAUAGCCUCAAGUUAUCAGAAGCUGUCCUUAAAGUAUGCUUUAAUUUUGGAAGAGCUUAAAUGAUCACUACUUCAUGAAAAAAUGACGAAUGGUGUUUAUAUCCUUUGUUUUCUUUCGUUGAAAAGACAAUUAAAUGAUAUAGGCAAGUAUUUCUGGUGGCUCAUCAAGAAUUUGAUUGUGGUGGUUCAUCAAUGUAACAAGAAUUUAUUUGUGGUGAUUCAUCAAUGUAAUAGAUAAUUCUGAUUUCAAUAAAGUACUUAAAGUGAAGUAUAAAUCACAAAUAUCAGUAAAUCUAUGUCAUCUUUGUUUAUGUAGAAAAAUGUAUUUGUUUAAUCCUAGAAUAGAUUAUUAAUAAAUAAAAUAACAAUU